AUGCUCGAAUCUGCUGUGGUCAGUUAUGCAUUUGAACUUUGUAUUCGCAAUAUCCUCAUGUUUAAUACCGACAAGUCAUUGGGAAUUCAUAUUGGAAAAAGUCUCUUAGGUUUUUGUUUUGCCGUCAAGACUGCCUUCUUCUUAUCAUUUUAUACUGAUCAAGGUCCUGCAUGUUUUGUUGUAGCUCGUUUUGCCGAUAUCUUUUAUCAUUUGGGUAUGACUGCCGGUGAUUAUGUCAUAUUAUCUAGGGUACAUGCUGUCGUUCCCCUACACUGGAAGAAAUUUUCAAGAGUAACUUUAGUGAUUCUACUGAUCCUACGAUUCUCUAUAGGUGUUGUGGAUGUGGUGCUUCUGCAAGUACAAUAUGAUAUUUCUGGCAUGUGUAUAUAUACAGAUGAUUAUUAUACUGGACCAGUAUAUACUUUUUUAGAUGUAUUUAUCGAUAUCUAUGUCAGCGUGAUGAUCACUUAUAUUUUAACUACACAUAUCCGACGAUUGGAAAAUGCUCAUUUACCUGUAAAUAUCUCUCUUUAUAUUGCUGUGGUGGUUCACAAUAUUAUACGAACGGUGAUGCUUACGGUGGUCAACUUGAUUUCAGGUAUCUUUUUAAUCAAUGAAAUGUCAAGCGAUUCCAUCAUGCUAGUAUGGCCAGUUAUUAAUCUGUUUGUGGUUUUCCUGGUGGGAUAUGAUUCUGAUGUGACAAAAACAAUCGUGAGACUGAAACAACAAUAUUGGGAUAAAGUUAAUACCAUGUUAUCUUCUGCAACUUUGGGUACUCCUUUAGUGAUGGAAGCGUUAUCAAUAAAUGCCAGUAAUCAACCGAUGUGGAAAAGUUCACCUGAUCUGCCUCUUCGAACCGGAUCAUGUUUACACCUAACAUCCUCCACUUCAAGUUCACCUCAGCCACUUCAAAACCAACAGCAUCAUCAACAACAUCAACAGCAUCAACAACAUCAACAACAUCAGCAGCAUCAACAACACCAACAAUAUCAACAACAUCAGCAGCAUCAACAGCAUCAACAACAUCAACAACGUCAGCAGCAUUAUCAACACCAGCAACAAUAUCAACAACAUCAACAGCAACAACAUCAACAACAACAACAGCAACAUCAGAUAUUACCGCAUACUCUGCGUGGUUAUUGGAGUGAUGAUGCAAGUCUAUAG